UGUGACACAAGUAGUAGGAAGUGAGCUGUUCAGAGGCAGAAGAAUCUAUUCACCGCCGAGGGGGAUCCUGAGUCCCUACCGGAGCCGUUUUAUCCCGGGGACGCGGGUGAUCGGCACAGCUCGGGACGCAGCGGGCACCCGGCGAGCUCCAGAGGAGCGGGACGGACUCUAAAGAGAUUUUGGGGGGGAAUUGACGGGACCUAAAACUUGGAAUGCAGCUCGUAUCCCCCCAUCUUGCUGGAUUGGCUGGGCAGCCUGGAAAAUGGUAAAUGAUCAUUUGGAUCAAUUACAGGCUUUUAGCUGUGUUGUCUGUCAUAAUUCAUGAUUCUGGUCUGGGAAAAAGACCAACAGCCUACGUGCCAAAAAAGGGGCAGAGUUUGAUGGAGUUGGGUGUACUUUUAUGUGCCAUUUUCCUCCACACCUAGAGGAAAGCACUUUUGCAGGCAUUCUGUGCAGGGGGAAUCAUGUUUGACUGUAUGGAUGUUCUAGCAGUGAGCCCUGCUCAGAUGCUGGAUUUCUACACUGCGAGUCCGUCUUCCUGCAUGCUCCAGGAGAAGGCUCUCAAAGCAUGCUUCAGUGGAUUGGCACAAACAGAGUGGCAACACCGGCACAGUGCUCAAUCAGUAGAAACUCAGAGCACCAGUUCUGAGGAACUUGUUCCAAGCCCUCCUUCACCACUUCCACCUCCUCGGGUCUACAAGCCCUGUUUUGUCUGUCAAGACAAGUCAUCUGGAUAUCACUAUGGUGUCAGUGCUUGUGAGGGAUGUAAGGGCUUUUUCCGCAGAAGUAUCCAGAAGAACAUGGUUUACACAUGUCAUAGAGAUAAAAACUGUGUUAUCAAUAAAGUUACCAGAAAUCGCUGCCAGUACUGCAGACUACAGAAGUGCUUUGAAGUGGGAAUGUCCAAAGAGUCUGUCAGAAAUGAUAGGAACAAGAAGAAGAAGGAGCCUUCAAAGCAGGAGUCCACAGAAAACUAUGAAAUGACAGCAGAGUUGGAUGAUCUCACUGAGAAGAUCCGAAAAGCUCACCAGGAAACCUUCCCCUCACUCUGCCAGCUGGGAAAAUACACCACAAACUCCAGUGCAGAUCAUCGGGUUCGACUAGACCUCGGGCUUUGGGACAAAUUCAGUGAACUUGCAACAAAGUGCAUUAUUAAAAUAGUGGAAUUUGCGAAGCGAUUGCCAGGCUUUACAAGUUUGACCAUUGCAGACCAGAUAACUUUACUUAAAGCAGCCUGCCUGGAUAUACUGAUCCUUAGAAUUUGCACAAGAUACACACCAGAACAAGACACCAUGACCUUUUCAGAUGGCCUUACCCUAAACCGAACUCAGAUGCACAACGCCGGCUUUGGCCCCCUGACUGAUCUCGUGUUCACCUUUGCCAACCAGCUUCUGCCUUUGGAAAUGGAUGAUACAGAAACUGGGCUCCUCAGUGCCAUCUGCUUAAUCUGUGGAGAUCGCCAGGACCUUGAAGAACCAGUGAAAGUGGAUAAGCUUCAGGAACCACUGCUUGAAGCACUGAAAAUCUACAUCCGAAAGAGACGACCCAACAAGCCUCAUAUGUUCCCAAAGAUCUUAAUGAAAAUCACAGAUCUCCGUAGCAUCAGUGCAAAAGGUGCAGAACGUGUCAUUACAUUGAAAAUGGAAAUUCCUGGAUCCAUGCCACCUCUUAUUCAGGAAAUGUUGGAGAACUCUGAAGGACAUGAACCACUGACACCAUCCUCCAAUGGAAAUACUGCAGAACACAGUCCUAGUAUCUCACCUAGUUCAGUGGAUAACAGCAGUGUCAGUCAAUCCCCUAUGGUGCAAUAAGACAUUUUCCAGCUACUUCAGACAUUCCUAAUACCGUAUGUACAGGGAUGAAAAGCAAGAAAAACAUUUCUACUGCUGCUUAGUUUCUGGACUUAAUAUAUAUCUAUAUAUGUGUAUAUAUAUAUAUAUAUAGAUAAAAACUCAACAAGGACCAAUAAAUUUUCAUAUGUAUCGAUAUAUACUCCUUGCUGUUUAAACUCUUAAAACUAGAAAAUGCAAACUUUUGAAACUCUAAAUCAGCCAUUUCAUGC